CCUGCAAAACCGUGAAUUCCCACUUCCGGCUCCUCAUCCUCCUCCGGUCCUCCCCAGCCAAAGUCCCCAACCCACCCCGUCUCGGCCGGGCCCCCGCGAGUCCGCCGUGGAAGGGACCCCGGCGAUGGGCUCCGGCGAGGAGGACACUGGCGGCGGCGGCGGGGCGGUGCGGGGCGCGGUGCUGAAGGCGCUCGUGGUCGUCGGCGGCGUCCUGCUGCUCCGCCGCCUGCGCCGCUCCACCACCCGGUGGGACCACGCGCGCGCCGUCGCCGACGCGCUCUCCGGCGAGAAGUUCUCGAGGGAGCAGGCGAGGAAGGAUCCUGACAACUACUUCAACUUGAGAAUGCUCACAUGCCCUGCAACCGAGAUGGUGGAUGGUUCUAGAGUGCUUUAUUUUGAGCAAGCAUUUUGGAGAACUCCAGAAAAGCCUUUUAGACAAAGAUUCUACAUGGUAAAGCCCUGUCCAAAGGAGAUGAAAUGUGAUGUUGAGUUGAGUUCCUACGCAAUUAGGGAUGCUGAAGAGUACAAGAAUUUCUGUGACCGUUCAAAGGAUCAGAGACCACAGGCAGAAGAAGUAAUUGCGGAUAUCGCAGAGCAUCUGACCACCAUACACUUGUCACGAUGUGGACGUGGAAAACGCUGCUUAUACGAAGGAUCCACCCCACCUGAAGGUUUUCCCAACAAUUGGCAGAGUGGUGCAUCAUAUUGUACAUCGGAUUUGUCCAUCCACAAGAAUGGUGAAGUACAUAUUUGGGACAAAGGUUUUAACGAUGAAGGAAACCAGGUUUGGGGAACCAAGGCUGGCCCGUACGAGUUCAAGCCUGCUCCCAAAUCCAAAUAUGAUGACAUGUUCUCGCCAUUAAAUUUCUCCGCUCCUUUGUCACUAGAGAAGAAGCUGGAUAAAGCAUAUGUAAUUGAUGACCAGUAGAGCCUGAGCCCUAAAUUUGUUUUAUAGGAAUGCAAUAAGUGAAUAGCAUGUAUGUAUAUAUUGUACUGAGUUCUAAUGCAUUCUUUUUUGACCAACCGACCUGUGAGUCUGCUUGCCCAUGGUCAGUAUGGUGAGGGGUGUCCUAGUUCAAGCCAAUUUAAAUCAGUGCAUAAGAUGACCA